AAGAUGAGGCCUUUAAAAGAAAAAAAAGUUUUAAAAAGGGAUUUAAAACUGGAGAAAGUUUCAUGCUUUAUGCUUUAGUCAUAAAAUGAAUAGUACCUUCCAUUAACAAAUUUAUCUGCUGCACUACAGUUCCCCUACAUUGGAGGUUACAGGAAAAUAAUUGGCCUUAUUUUUUUCAGUCAGUUUAAUUAUUUAACCUGAAAUAGUAUUUAUUGAUUCUGUUUUAUUUUCGAUGUGUUUGACAAACUUUAACUACAUUUUGACAAUUUGGCGGUAGAUUCACAGUACUGGGCGCUAACAUCCACAAUAAUGUCUGUUUGUGGCAUCGGCAAGUGUGGCUUGGACUUGAUAUGAAAAGGAUUUCAAUUGAUCUAUAUUUAUCACAGAUUAUUCAUGAAAUACUUUGAUUAUUAGUGAAAAACCUAAUGUAAUUUUCACCGUAGCACUGUCAGUGGCAUUCAAACACGUCAAAGAGUAUUUUAUUUUGAAGGUUCCCACCGGAUGUCCCAGUGUGAUAUCAUUUGAGUGUAGCUUGAUUAUUGAGAAAUCAGAUCCUGAAGUUGGCGUUAUGUUAAUGGAGUGGUGGGGAUGCGGUCGGUAUAAAACAUAGUAUUCUGAUACUAUAUUCCUUAAAACCGAUAACAACCAGGCGGUGAACUGAUUCAUAAGCCGAAGAAAGGCAGGCUAGGUAAUUUAGCUGACGACUUGGUACUUUUGGGGGCCUGAGGAAAAACACAGUUAAGCCAACGAUAAAUAGCCAUGUCGUGGGAAGAAAUGCCUUGUUUUCUGGCCUCGGCUCUGUGCUCGCUUCUACACCGUUCGACUGUUCUCUGAUCCUGCUGGACAACAAAACAAGCAGAGGUAACUUGGCACUCAACUGUCACUACAGCUAACGCUAGUUAACAGUUAGCAUAAUAAAUUAGUCAACACCAACGGUUUUGCUCUAGCUUGCUAGCUUCCGAGCCAUGGCGGACAGCUUUGGAGAGGAGUCCAGCAGCAGUGCCCUUGGCUUAGGCGUAACCGUACAGGGCAGCGGAGCCUCGCUUCUGCCGACUUUGGCCAACUCUCUUCCGGGAGGGAACUCAACAGUCACCGGUGUUCACUCCAGCUCCAACACGGCCUAUCCUCCUCCCGUUGCGGCCGCGCAGAGUGGCCUAACCGCUGUGGUGGCCCCUGUGUCCGCUGUCACUGCUACCCCUGCCGGGUUUGGGAACACAUUCACCCCCGGCACGUCGCCACCGGUCGUGGCCGUGUCUCCAACCGUACACGCAUCCUCACCUCUCCCCGGUAUUGGUCUUGGGGUCGGCGGUGUGGCCGGUGUGGCAGGAGCGGGCCUCCUGUCCCAAAUCCACGCCACUUCCUGGGACCCUACUCUCAGUACGGACUGGGACAACGAGAAAGCUUCCCAGCAAUGCAUCCUGAGGAUAAAGAGGGAUAUCAUGUCAAUCUACAAGGAACCUCCACCAGGGAUGUUUGUCGUCCCUGAUCCUCAAGACAUGACCAAGAUCCAUGCCCUGAUCACAGGGCCAUUUGACACACCAUACGAGGGUGGCUUCUUUCUCUUCUUGUUCCGCUGCCCCCCGGACUACCCUAUCCACCCACCCCGGGUCAAACUCAUCACCACGGGACACAACACUGUCCGCUUUAACCCCAACUUCUACCGCAACGGCAAGGUGUGCCUCAGCAUCCUGGGGACAUGGACAGGCCCAGCAUGGAGUCCAGCCCAGAGCAUCUCAUCUGUCCUCAUCUCCAUCCAGUCUCUGAUGACAGAGAACCCCUAUCACAAUGAACCUGGCUUUGAACAGGAGCGCCACCCAGGAGACAGUAAGAACUACAACGAGUGUAUCCGCCAUGAAACCAUGAGGGUGGCAGUGUGUGACAUGCUGGAAGGCAAAGUCCCCUGUCCUGAGGCUCUGUGGAGUGUGAUGGAAAAGUCCUUCCUUGAAUACUAUGAUUUCUACGAGGGAGUCUGCAAAGAGAGACUGCAUCUACAGGGACAGAACAUGCAGGACCCAUUUGGCGAGAAGCGUGGUAGAUUCGACUACCAGGGCCUGAUGGCUCGCCUCAGUGCCACCCACAGGCGGAUACGAGAGAAAAGCCUGGCGGAAGACAACCACAACGACGACGAUUCAGACUCAGACACCAGCUCCUCAGGGACAGACCCGGACAGCCAGGGCAGCUCCCACCCCUGACUCUCUGGAUGGUGCUGAACUCAAACCCAGGCUGAGAGCUAAAGACAAAGGGACCUUUUUUUGUUUUGUUUGCAGUGGAGGAACAAAAUUCCAGAAGAGAACACAACGCCUCUCUUUAAGGCUUUAGCGAGUCCAGGGUUCAGGUUUGGAAUCAAGCUUCUGUUGUGUGGAUGAUACAGAGAGAAGAAAUUGUAGCACUCUCUUGACAAUGAAAAAUGAACAACUGCUGGCGAAUUGGGCCUGGAGCGGUGUUUUUGUGCUACUUCUGUAGCUUCCUAACCAACUGUCAUGUUGAUGUCCUGUUUAAUUCUAAAGCUCAAGAUGGUUGCCCAAAUGCCUGAUAAAUUUUGAGAUUAAUCAGCCAAUGUUGCUUGUGAAAUGUUAGUUUCAUGUCUCAAACCUUUAAAUUCACACUAGGAAUGGAUAAAAGAACACAUAGUAACAUCCUAAAGUAGCUGUUAUACUUUGAUCCACGAGUCCAAACGGAAAGUUAGUCCAUUUUUUUUAUACACUGAUCCCUGAGGUAAGACUGCGUGGUGGGGAUCUACAAGGAGAAGUCCAGGAGCUCACUUUGGCUUAGAGGUGGAGGCAGGUUUGGACUAGAUGAAGGGACGUUGGCCUGAGUUGGCUGGAGCAGUGAAAGAUGAUGGUGUCCAUCAAAGCAGGCCUUUUUGAUUUCAAGCGGGGAGGAAGAAAAGACAGACCUUUUUCUAUGGAAGGUAGUUGGAGAAAGUGAACAUUGGCCAAGACCAUGUGCCUCGUCUCCUUUAGUCAGGGUGAAACCUAACCUUUCAGACUGGACCUCCGCUGCCUCCACAACCAGGCCACAUAAAACAUCAGCCUCUUGUUUCUAAAUACAGCGAGUCCUCUGUAUUAUACAAUAAGUUCUGCUUAGCUUUCAGUUCUAAUUGUGCUGUUGAACUGACAGUAAAUCUCUUUAGCAGAUAAGAAGCUGUUAUAGAAAUGUCAGUUUCAUUGACAUCCACCUUCCUUUUGUUAUGUUGUUUCCUCAUUGUCAUGCUGAAACUAAUCCUAAUUUGCUGUGUGUAGGGUGUGUUGUUUAUUAGGAAACUCUGUUGUUCUUUGGGUCGCUGGCUCUUCUGAUUAACCAGUAAAGAUACAAACCAAACCAUCCUUUGCUUUAGCAUGAACCUUCCUGGGCUUGGGGGAACAAACGAAGGCAAGAUGAAGGGAACUUUCCAUUUGUUCAUACUGCAAGUAACUCAGUCACUCUGCUCUGUCUCUCUCUGCCUCUCAAUGAGGGUCUGAGGUAUAAAGAGGUACACACAGACGGCAAAGCAAGUCUGAUGUUUUUUACAGAAUUUCAUUUAACGCUUUGUUGUCUUUUGUUUAAAAUAACCAGAUAAACCCCAGCUAAUGGCAGUAAUUAGAGGUAUCCUUUUCAUCACUAGAUGUCAGAUUCGACACAGAUCAAAUUUGGUGUCACAAAAUCACAUUAAUAGGGCUCUUGAUUAGCCUGAUUUCCACAACCAACGGUUUAUUUGACUCAUCAACACAGGACGUGAAAAAAGUGGUUGACAGGCAGCGUUGCUUGCAGUCUGAACACAGUAAGGAUUGUUCUGAGUUUGUCGGGCUUUCAGUGAAGAAAACACUCUUAAAGAUGUCUUAAUUCAGCCCUCACACACCCAAAUGUAUAUUGAACGUGCUAUUGGUGGCUGUAAUCAUUUCACCUGUUCAUAGUAGCAGAGAUUCCUUUUCUCACUUGACUCAACUAUAAAAUGUGGGAGAAAAUCUUCAGCCUUCAUUCCAAUUCAGCUGAAGCUAGUCAGUUAUUUGAGGUGGCAUCCUCUCAUUCAACUCUCCGCCAGAAAAAAGAAUAAGCAUACAGUAUUUCCCAAAGUGUCAACUGCUCCUUUAUAAGACUCUCUUCAAGAAGCUUUUCAACAUGAGACAACUGGACAAAUGAAUGACUGUUGUGCUUGUUGUAGCUUCUUUUCUGCCUUCCACUGCCCUCCAGUGUCUGCCUUUAGAGACGAAGAGCACUUUGGCUCUGCUGUCAGAGUUUUGUCAGACCCAAGGCCACUGGCAGCGGUUAGCUUAAUGAAGAUUCAAAUCGUAUUACUAAUGUAGGGCAUUCCUUUUUCUUUCUUUUAUUAUGUUAUAGAAUGUUUAUUUGAAGAGCGGCUCCUAACAGAAUAUAUGUGAUUGCCAAAAUGUUGAUUGCAGCAGACUUCCUGAGGUGUAAGUGAAGAGAUCAUAUGCCUGUUUGGUUGUGUUGUGUUGUGCUUAAAGCAGGGUUCUCCUGUGGCUCUGUAAAGGGGGGGCUGGGUUGCUAACAGAAGUGAUCAUUUCCAGGUCUUGAAAAUGUUGGUAUUGUACAGAAGUUCUGGAAAAGUACAGAAUAAAAUGUUCAGUCCUAAUA